UAUAUCUCGGGGGCGAGCGUUUCCUAGGCUGGGAGGGUGCUGUGGGUGCUGGGGCUCGGGCGAUGGGUCUCAGGGCUACGAUAUCUAUAUGAGCCAUGAGUACAGGACAACAAGAGAACGCACCGAUGCUUCGAUAUCCACUCUUGAUUACCCUAUGGACACUUCUGGACUCGACCUGCUCGCCUAUCCCUGCCCUGUUGUACUAUAGCCAUCUGGUCUGCUCCGUUUCCGUGGAGUGUCGAUGUGUCAGCCCCAUUUCUACUGUCGACUCAACAUGCCUGGUCGAAGCAGCGCAGAUAGAGCGGUGUACGACCAGCCAUAUGGUGUCGACUCAGCACACAAUUGACUCGCGCGGAAUAUGACUCGAGCAGCCAGACCAGAUGGUGGACGAGGGCGAGUGCCUGGGCCGUCGACGGUACUUAUACGAUUGCUCG